AGCACGCGGUGGACCGUGAACUUGUCUGGCUAUGCAAGUAGGGCUGCCCUUAGGUUAGAGAGAGUGUGACAUCGAAAUGGAUCAGACAGCACCGUCAUCAGACGCGCCUCCCGGUGCACCUCCAACUCCGUGGCCAGCAGGAGGAGCCGAUGCGCAAGCUCAUCCUCAGGCUCAUGCCCAUGCCCAUGCUGAUCCGUCUCACGCCGAAGCCCACGCUUCAAGACAAGCAAGAACAAUAGAAGUACAGGAUCAAGCGCAAGUACAGGCUGACGGUGCAGAAGCCAGCAUUGCGCAACAAGCACCUGCCGGGUUAAAGUCGUCCGAAUCUGGACCGUCCGCUCGCCCCGUCAAGGUGUAUAAACCACCCAACUCCUUGGCGCCGAUGAGUGAGUCUUUCGUCGAUAAGUGUUGCAUACGAGCUGUAGAGCGCAUAGAAGCCCCAUCUGCGAGCGAGCCACCAUUGGUUAUUCAGGCGCAAUGAUUAAUUCUAUCAGCAACGAACAAGGUGCUCUCCCAUCUCCACCCACAGAAGAGCCCAAGGCGACACCAGCGGAACUAAAGGCGGCAUUCGCGGACCACAUCCAGAUGCGCCACGGUCCAGACGCACCGUUGAUGACGAAGGCCAUGCGCGAAAAGGCCGAGGCAAUGCUCGGGAAGCAGAAACGGACUUGGGAAUAUGUAAAGAUCCGCGUCCGCUUCUCCGACCGCACACAGAUCGAGUCAAGCUUCCCAUCCAGCGCUUCCAUCAAUGAAGUCUACACCUUUGUGCGCGGGGCAGUACGGCAGGAUGUGCUAGACAAUAAGAAGGGGGGUUUCACACUGUACACUGCUCCGCCGUGCAAAGACUACGUCGAAAGCGAUGCCAAGAUUAGAGGGAAAGGUCUCGUGGAGCUUGGCUUGGCGCCUGCUGCCGUACUCAAUGUGCGAUGGGAAGAUACGGCCAUGAACAGCAAUGCCUACCCGGCACCACUCAAAGCUGAGCUGCUUUGCUCCGCCGCCGAUUUGCCGCCACCCAAGCCCUUUGACCGACCCUUAGGACACAGCAGCGAUGCCGCCGGCGGUAGCGGGAGCGCGGCAAAUUCAGGGAAGGCGACAGGACAGCGGGAUCCAAAAGCCUUACCGAAAUGGCUCAAAGGUUUUUCGAAAAAAUAGAAAUUGCAUGCAGCGUAUCCGUUAUCCAUGAGCACUACAAUUAUCUGUUGUUGUGUUCCUCAUCAAUGAAGCAGCAUCACUGUUUCGAAUAAUCAGGAAGCUGCCAUGCCAAUCUCCAGGAAGAUGGCCAU